CAAAUAGAAGGUUGUAGGAGAGAAAGGGUUGGUGUAAUAGUCUUAGCAUGGUAUUCAUUAUUUAAUUUUUUAUAAUUUUUCUUAUUUUUUCCUGAAAAUCGAAGAUGCUCGAUAUAUUUUUUUUCACUGAAAGAGAGGGAUUUUUGCUAGUGUUUGAGGUAACAAGGAAGGAAUAAUAAGAGGGGGAAGUCUUUCUGUGCGUUCACAAAUAAGGCCCCUUCUAGCUUCCCCUCCACAGGUUUUACAGCUCAGAUGGGGAGCUCGAGCUUCAUCUCCAGUGAGAUGUAUUUCUUCUAGAUUUCCUGAACAUCGAGUUUUAUCAACUGGGUUCUGCUCAAAACCUAAAAUUAUAACAAAAAAGAUCGGAUUUUUAUCUGGUUUCCAAGGAGAGCAGAUCUGGAGAAAAUUUGGGUAUUUGGGUGUGGCCUCUUUAUUUUGAGUCAUGGAGGCCAGUGCUGGUUUGGUGGCAGGCUCUCACAACAGGAAUGAACUGGUCGUCAUCCGUCGCGAGGGAGAAUUUGGACCGAAGCCGUUGCGGCCAAUCAGUGGGCAAAUCUGCCAAAUUUGUGGGGAUGAUGUGGGGCUUAAUGUAGAUGGUGAGCUCUUUGUUGCCUGCAAUGAAUGUGCCUUCCCAAUUUGCAGGACUUGCUACGAGUAUGAGCGGAGAGAAGGAAGCCAGGUCUGCCCACAGUGUAAAACUAGGUUCAAACGUCUAAAGGGGUGUGCUAGAGUUGCGGGUGAUGAAGAAGAAGAUGGCAUCGAUGACCUUGAGAACGAAUUUAGUUUUUCUGGGAGGGAAAAGCAAGAUAUGCAAUAUCUUGCUGAAUCCAUGCUUCAUGGCCACAUGAGCUAUGGCCGAGCCGGGGAUGCAUACAUGCCUCAAGUUAUUCAUACGAUGCCUCAAGUUCCUCUUCUUACCGAUGGCCAGAUGGUUGACGAUAUUCCUCCAGAACAGCAUGCUUUGGUUCCUUCUUUCAUGGGGGGUGGAGGAAAAAGGGUCCACCCCCUUCCAUUCGCAGAUCCUAGUCUCCCAGUCCAACCUAGAUCCAUGGAUCCAUCCAAGGAUUUGGCUGCUUAUGGUUAUGGAAGUGUUGCAUGGAAGGAGAGGGUGGAGAAUUGGAAGCAAAAACAAGAGAAGCUACAAGUCAUGAAGAAUGAAAUUGGUGGCAAAGAUUGGGACAAUGAUGGUGAUGGGCCAGAUCUACCCCUAAUGGAUGAGGCUAGACAACCGUUAUCAAGGAAACUACCAAUUCCAUCGAGCCAAAUAAACCCAUAUCGCAUGAUCAUCAUUAUACGGCUUGUAGUUCUUGGGUUCUUCUUUCAUUACCGAAUAACACAUCCAGCACCUGAUGCAUAUGCAUUGUGGCUCAUAUCUGUUAUUUGUGAGAUUUGGUUUGCCAUUUCAUGGAUCCUUGAUCAGUUUCCAAAGUGGCUACCAAUUGAUCGGGAAACUUAUCUAGACAGACUAUCCUUGCGGUAUGAAAAAGAAGGCCAGCCUUCUCAACUCUCUGCAGUAGAUAUAUUUGUGAGUACAGUAGACCCAUUAAAAGAACCUCCUCUGGUUACUGCAAACACCGUUCUAUCCAUUCUUGCUGUCGACUACCCUGUAGAAAAGGUUUCUUGCUACGUUUCAGAUGAUGGUGCUGCUAUGCUGACAUUUGAAGCAUUGUCUGAAACAUCUGAGUUUGCACGGAAAUGGGUUCCUUUCUGCAAGAAGUUCAAUAUUGAGCCACGAGCACCUGAGUGGUAUUUUGCUCAGAAGAUUGAUUAUCUCAAGGAUAAGGUCCUCCCUUCAUUUGUAAAAGAGCGAAGGGCCAUGAAGAGAGAAUAUGAGGAGUACAAAGUUCGGAUCAAUGCUUUGGUUGCCAAGGCUCAGAAGGUCCCGGAAGAAGGGUGGACAAUGCAAGAUGGGACUCCAUGGCCUGGAAAUAAUGUCCGAGAUCACCCUGGCAUGAUUCAGGUGUUUCUAGGCCAAAGUGGAGGGCAUGACACUGAAGGAAAUGAACUACCUCGCCUAGUUUAUGUCUCCAGAGAAAAGAGGCCAGGAUUUACUCACCAUAAAAAGGCUGGUGCUAUGAAUGCUUUGGUCAGAGUCUCAGCUGUGCUGACAAAUGCACCAUAUCUAUUGAACUUGGAUUGUGAUCACUACAUCAAUAACAGCAAAGCUCUCAGGGAGGCAAUGUGUUUCAUGAUGGAUCCAUUGAUGGGAAAGAAAGUGUGCUAUGUGCAAUUCCCACAAAGGUUUGAUGGUAUUGAUAGGCAUGACCGAUAUGCCAACCGAAAUGUUGUAUUUUUUGAUAUUAACAUGAAAGGUCUAGAUGGGAUACAAGGGCCCAUAUAUGUGGGGACUGGGUGUGCAUUUAGAAGGCAGGCGCUCUAUGGUUAUGAUGCUCCAAAGACAAAGAAGCCACCAACAAGGACCUGCAAUUGUUGGCCAAAGUGGUGUUGCUGUGCAUGCUGCUGUUCUGGGAAGAGGAAGAAGACCACUAAGCCCAAGUCUGAGAAGAAAAGGGGUUCUCGAAAUUUGAUACCACCUGCAUAUUCUUUGGAGGGCAUUGAAGGGAUUGAGAGUUCAAAAUCAACUGUGAUAUCUGAGGAGAAGUUGGAAAAGAAGUUUGGACAGUCUCCCGUGUUCGUUGCAUCCACCCUGCUUGAGAAUGGUGGAACACUGAAAAGUGCAAGCCCUGCAUCUUUGCUGAAAGAAGCCAUUCAUGUCAUCAGCUGUGGCUAUGAAGACAAGACAGAUUGGGGAAAAGAGGUUGGUUGGAUCUAUGGUUCUGUUACAGAAGAUAUUCUUACUGGUUUUAAGAUGCACUGCCAUGGAUGGCGAUCAAUAUAUUGUAUCCCACCGAGGCCAGCAUUUAAAGGAUCUGCACCCAUCAAUCUUUCUGAUCGUCUGCAUCAGGUCCUUCGAUGGGCUCUUGGUUCUGUGGAAAUUUUCUUGAGCAGGCACUGUCCCAUAUGGUAUGGAUAUGGAGGUGGCUUGAAAUGGUUGGAGCGCUGGUCUUACAUAGGUGCUACAGUUUAUCCAUUGACAUCAAUUCCACUGCUAGCAUACUGUACCUUACCUGCUGUGUGCUUGCUCACAGGCAAAUUUAUCACUCCAGAGCUUAGCAACAUCGCAAGUUUAUGGUUUAUGUCACUUUUCAUUUGUAUUUUCGCUACAAGCAUCCUGGAAAUGAGAUGGAGUGGUGUUGGUCUUGAUGAUUGGUGGCGGAAUGAGCAGUUUUGGGUCAUUGGGGGUGUUUCUGCGCAUCUUUUUGCAGUCUUCCAGGGUCUUUUAAAGGUAUUGGCUGGUAUAGAUACCAACUUCACUGUGACAUCGAAGGCUGGGGAUGAUGAUGAGUUCUCAGAGCUAUAUGCAUUUAAGUGGACUACAUUGCUUAUCCCACCAACAACAUUGCUAAUAAUAAACCUUAUCGGUGUUGUUGCUGGUGUCUCAAAUGCAAUAAACAACGGGUAUGAGUCAUGGGGUCCUUUGUUUGGUAAGCUCUUCUUUGCCUUCUGGGUGAUUGUCCAUCUCUACCCAUUCCUCAAGGGUCUAUUGGGCCGGCAGAACAGGACACCCACAAUCAUCAUUGUCUGGUCCAUUCUUCUUGCUUCUAUCUUUUCCCUUUUGUGGGUCCGGAUUGAUCCAUUCUUGGCCAAGUCGGAUGGACCUGUCCUGGAAGAAUGUGGACUGGACUGUAAUUAGCAUUUUUCUGCUCCCAGGGGUUUUCAAUUGCUUUGGAGCUUGAUCUGGUCAUGCCAUUUUCGCAGGAGACUCGUUUGCAUUACUAGACAAUUACAUAUGAGCUUCCAAAAGAGAAAAGAGAGUUCAAUCUAGUGAGAUUCUGCAAUCUGUAGAUAGAUGUAUGGGUUGUGUUAUCAUAUUUUUGGGGGUGGGUCAUAACUCACCCUUCUGGGGGUGAAGAAUCAAAAGUCGAGUUCAUCACCAUGUAAGUUUAUGUUCUCCUCGAUUCUUUAUUAGUUUGGUGAAAACGGUGAAGAGAAAGAAGGGUCAAUAACAUUGUCUGUUGGAUCUGUUCUCUCUUUGUAUUACUUUUACAAUAAAGGCAGGCGUUUGCCUGCAAUGUGGAACAGUCAUAGCAGAGGGAGGUUUCAUCUGUUUGGACCUUAUUUUCUACAAUUCUACCCUGUUACCCAGUCAAUAUUCCUGGUAGCUGUGGUGAUCAUGGAAGGUUAGUAAAGUCACAAAUGCUUGAUGCUGUAUAAAGUGUAAUCUUGAGCCCAAGUCUUUUUGAGAUACUGUUUAGGGUUUGCAUUGUAAUGAGAUAAUUUGUGUUACAAGCAACAUCUCUCUCUCUUA